UUUUUGGAAAGAGAGGCUAGGUUUCGAAUACAAAAAUCAAGUUGUUUUCAACAUCAGUUGUAUAUACUGUAUAUUAAAAAACAGUGGAAGUAAAAGUAUAUUUAGUCAAGGUGUAGGCAGUUGAGAAAGAAGUGUCCAGUGUUGCACGCUGUGCUAGGAAUUGCCACUCUCGUAUCGAUCGCAUCUCCUAGUAAAAAAGUUCUCAGGAUGUAGUUCAACAACCUCUCGACACCAAUCGGAUCCUUAUUAUUACGAAGCAGUUGAGACGGAUCCGUUCCUCUUCCUAUAUUUCUUUCCCGUCACAAAACUGUUCCAUUCAGUUGGAUUACUUUAAUAGUUAUAUUUCUUUGCAGAGAUAGUUGAACUCAUCGCAUCUCAAAGUACUCUAACCAAGCAGCUUGCCAUGGCAAGUGACAAGCUAGAUAGAGACAAUGAAACAUACAAGCAGUACCGGACAAAAAUGGCGACCUAUGCUAAACAAGUGGAGCAGUAUGAGUUGAAUUGCCUAUUGUACCAGAACAAAGCUGAACAGAAAGCCAGGAAUGCCAAGGUUGCAGAAGAAUUGGAACGUCUACGUAACUUUGAGGAUGAGUUCAGACUCGAAAGCCUACGUGCUGAGGUAGUUCAAGAGAAAAGCCACAAGAAGCAGUUGGAAGAAUCUUUGGCUCUAAAACAAUCCGAGCAGAUACAAAAGGAACACGAGCGACAUAGACAACUGAACCGAGAGAUUGAAAUAACGCAAAAGCGUGACCAGAAUCGUGACAAGGUCCAGACGACCCGCAAGCUGAAGCGUCAGCUACAACAAGCAUUAUCACGUAAUCAGCUCUGGAGCGAGGAAGCUCAUUCUAACCUCGCAGAAGUUGAGAGUAAAAUGGGCGUCGAAGGACAAGACGAAGACGAUGAAGUUUGUCAACUUGCACUGAACAUUGCAGAACUCGACAGUAAAAUGGACGAGUAACGAAAUAUAUUUUAGUCCAGGUUUAAUGGAGUAAAUGAUAUUGUGUUGGGUUGUGUUAUAUUGUGACAAGUCCCUAGGGCACGUCAUUUUUUUUUUUCGAAGUUUAAACAAGGAGGAAAAAUAAAUAUAUACACUGCAUAUACUGGUGUCCAAGGAGGGUUCAGUUUUUUGUUCGAUGAAGCGCAAGGGUGCGUCAUAGCGCUAUUAAGUGAUUCACUUCACAAACGUGAUAACUAAAUAAUUACACUGUCAGUGUACAAAUAUCACUCGCUAUUUAUACUCUACUACGUUAAUUUAGACGAUAAAAGCGUCUUUUGUUAAGCGAAAGUGAAUCAAACGAUUAAAAUCAGCUCAACCUACACCCCAUGAUCUCUGGCUGCAGUCGGCUCCAGAUAUUAUGUAACAAGUUAAGAUUAACUGUCGAUUUUGAUUCGUCCAAGAUUUAUUUCUGGAAGCUGAACAGUUGCAAACAAUCAUCAAGAAAUUUAAUUGUAAAAUUCAUGUGUCACGUCCGAAUGAACAUAGAAGGGCAAUUGCUCACCCAUGUCGAAACACCGCCGCUUGCGUAACUGACCACGCGAGUCCACUUCAUUGUGUGACCUUGGGAUCAAAUCCGACAAAUUUAGCUCUUAGGAAGAUCCAGUUUUCAGUCUACGGCUUGGUGUCAAGUACUGAAUCUUUCCGCAUUCCUUAGCAUUUAUAGCCUUGACGGUCUUUUCUCUGAGAGCCGUUUGGUUCAGGAUAUCGCCCCACCCUGAUUCAAGUACUACUUGAUUUUCAUGAAUGAAAUGAAACGAACUGUUCUCUUUUAAAAGUUUCACAAUGCUCAAUAGUCAGCAAUAGAUAAUUUCGUACUUUCGUGAGUUGUGCGUGCCCUUAUUGUAACAGCAGACUGAUAGAUGUCAGUCUGAAAACUAAUUACCUGUGGUUGAUGAUCCGUCACAAAAGAGUCGAUCUUGACACC